GCCAUUUCAGUUACUGGCAAAUGAUAAGUUCCACCUUGACUUGGUGUUUCUCGCAGCCCGUAGCCCCAUACCAUGAGCUGCCCGCUGCAAGAGGACACGUUUAUCCGUUUCCCGUCGCAGAGUAACAUCUACGGCCUCUCCCCGUUACCCUGCCCUGGAGCUGCAGAACUGCUGACUGGGACUCUUAAAGGGAAAGUUACCAGCUUCAGGUACCAGGACCUAAGGGACAAGCUGAGGGCCGGCGCAAGAGAGCUACAGUUCACCUAUAUACCUGUGGAUGCAGAGAUCGUCUCCAUUGAUUCCUUCAGCAAGUCACCCCCAAAACGAGGCCUGGUCGUCGGAAUAACGUUCAUUAAGGAUUCUGGAGACAAAGCCAGCCCUUUCCUGAACAUUUACUGUGACUAUGAGCCGGGCUCGGAAUAUAAUCUGGACUCUAUCGCUCAAAGCUGUUUAAAUCUGGAAUUGAAAUUCACUCCAUUUCAACUGUGCCAUGCUGAGGUACAAGAUGGAGGUGAUCAAGAGACAGUGUUUCUUCUUGGUGGGAACGAUCAGUGUAUUCACCUCUACAAGGAGAAUGAAGGACUUCACCAGUUUGAAGAGCAACCCGUGGAGAAUCUUUUCCCAGAGCUUCAGAACCUACCCAGCAACAUUAUAUGGCUGAGCGUGUACAACAUCCCAGACACCCAGCGGCGCAUUACUGCCUAUGGAUGUCAGAGUGGGCACGUCUGUGUGUCACACGUGGAGCAGAGGAAGCGAGAAAUCCUUCAGAGCUGGUCACUGCAGCAGGACGGCCCAUUGUCUAAGGUGCUUAUAUUCAGUUUGCCAAGUGAGCACAGGAGAGCGGGGGGAACAGAGGACUGGAGGCAAGAUGGUGGAGAGGUUCAGAAGUACCAGGAGGAAUAUAGUGUCCUUGUCACCAGUACCAUUGAGAUGUCUGCGGUUUAUAGGAAUGUUUUACAAAAUGGCCUUGAGGAGCAGCUGCUUUUGCCAGACAGUGACCAGUUUGACAGUGUCCUCUGUGCUGUAGCAGCAGAUGUUGACUUCGAUGGAGAACCAGAGAUACUCCUGGGAACUUAUGGACAGGAGUUGUUGUGUUACAAGUAUCUACAUGGGGGUGGGCAGCGAGGACAAUUCCAACUGCUCUGGCAGAGAAGUUUUCCCAGCCCUUUGCUUUGUAUGGCUCACUUAGAUCUGACGUCAGACGGGCUGUGUGAGCUGGCUAUUGUGUGCCUGAAAGGACUCCACAUUCUGCAGCACAGUCUGAAGAAGGCGGCCGAGAGUCUGAUACAGCUUCUUAAGGAGAAGGUAGAGAGUUUGCGUGAACAAGAGGAAGGAGAGCGAACACAAGAAGCAAUAUGCAACUGACCUAUAGCUACCGUAUACAAAUUCCUGUGUGCUGGACAAGCAUUAGGGUUAUAUUCUAAUCCCUUACAAAUGAUUAUCAAGAUAUUUUUCUACAAAAUUCACAGUAAAAUCUGGUAUUUUUGUGGAUAAAUCAUUUGAUAAUCUUUUCUUAAGGAUUAAAAUAUAUGUCCCAUGAGUUAAACCCCGGUGCUCAGCACACAGAUUUAACAUAUCUUGUAAAAUGUGCUUUUCAUACCAUAUUUUUAGUAUUAAAAAUCAAAUUAUUUUUCUACA